UAUCCCUCCAAUCCCAAAGUUAGACAGUCCUUGGCAUAAAUCUGACUUCCAUUACCGAAAGAGCUAUCUUCGGAGACAAUUCAUUGGAUAUUAAUUUACACGAGCGCACCCCAGCACCAAUUAUUGGUGGAUUAGUUUACCACGGAGUGCCCUGUGAAUGAGCGAGCGUCGCGUAAAACAGCUGACGGCGUGUCAAAUUCGAGACGCUUUCAAACUUUUCUCUUGAUGGGAAUAAUUUGGUUUUCAAAAUAACAGAGAUUAUACUGUUGACAUCUUUGCAAGAAUGUUCAUAUGUGUCUUUUGUAUAUGAAAACCGUUCGAAUUUUAGAAGACAGUUGAUUUGACAUUGUGAUGCUAUCGAGAAUUUGAGUUUAUUUCAUGAUAUAAACCGUUCGAAGGAAAAUAUAUUCUAAGGAAUAAUUCCUGAUUGCAGGUUAAUUUGAUAUGUGCAUCAUGAGGAUAAUUGGAUUGUACCUUUUUAUUUUUGCAGUGACGAUCGCAGCCAUUUCCCGUUUUAAUGCAGAGGAGAUCGUUAUCAUCAACUCCACGCCGCUGGUGACGGGGGCCGUUACUCGCUUGGAGUGUCUGGAUGCAAGCGGGCAGCUUAGCGGGGGCCAGUUGACUCUUCAGAAGGUGCUUCCAGCGGAUGAAGGAUUACCCCUACCCCCUUAUACUUCCCAGAUAGAUCCUAGUCGACUUGAGACCUGGUGGAACUCUAGCUGGGCUGAGAGUCGUUAUGGAGUUUAUUCCUGUCAUGGUCUCAACGAGGCUGACAAAGUCAUGACCAUGAAGAUAAAUCGAGAUGCUCAGAUCAAACCAGAACACUUCACCGUCACAGCUAGCCCCGGUGAUAACAUCACCAUCACCAUGCAGAUAUUGAGCAGGACUCGAACCCCUGAUUACCUCAUCUGGGCCCAUAACGACCAACCCCUCCCCUACAACGCGACCCGGUUUGGCUUCAACGAUAGAUACAACAUACCAGCAGUGGUAGAGGAGGAUGGUGGCAUCUACCAAGCUUACCCGCCAGAUGACCACACCCAAGGCGGUUAUAUGAGGCUCAUUAUUAGGGGUUGCCCUGCUGAUCGCUGGGGUGCAGGAUGUACCAACGAAUGCCCAACAUGUAUUAACGGAGGGGUAUGCGAUGACGUCACUGGGGUGUGUGUUUGCCCCCCUGGUUUCCGAGGAGACACAUGUGAAAUAGGUUGCGGCCCGAAUCUUUUUGGACCGAGCUGUGAGUUUGAGUGCACUGCUAACUCAUGUCGAUUCAUGCAAUUCUGUCUACCGGAUCCUUACGGGUGCUCCUGUGCCACCGGCUACACUGGUCUCGCUUGCGAUGAAGAAUGUCCGGAUGGCCAUUAUGGUGCCGGGUGUCUCCAGACAUGUCACUGUGAAAAUGAAGGGAUCUGCGAUUCUUUCUUUGGAUGCAUGUGUAUUGGAAACUGGACUGGUCCAACUUGUGAGAUAAAGACGUGCGCUGAUGGAACUAUUUACGGAUCACUCUGCGCAGACUCCGGAGAGUGCCAAAAUGGUGGCUCAUGUGACCCUUGCCUUGGUUGUCUGUGCACUGACGACUGGGCUGGACCUACGUGCCAAGAAAAAGCAUUCUAUUUCACCACGUCCCACGAUAUUGCCUGGAUCGAUACGACUGAGGUACGAUUGACCUGCGGUUGCACUUCUGCAGUUCCCCUCCACGAAUGUCCCGCUUUUGAAAUUGAGCGGUUUGAACCCUCCGAAAUGUUUGGGAUGGGGAUGGAUUUAUCCUUUCCUAACGACACAAGCUUAGGAAUGACCUUCGUUCCUGGCGGUUCAGUCGGUAACUGGAACUUCCGGUGUCAUGCCAUUAACUUCCGAGGUCAAGAUAGAUCCCUCACCUUGAAGGUCAACGUCACAGGUGAGCCCCCGAGCAUUGUUCAAUUCUGGUUAGCUGAUACAGUCAACCUCCACCAAGUGGCUAAAUUCCAGUGUAAAGUGCAUGGACUAUCCUAUCAAGACGUGAAUGUCACCCUGUUGACCCCCUCAAACCAUGUGAUAAGGAACCCCAUCUCAGUUGGACCUAGGAACUCUCCGACCUUUCUUUUUAACAUUGACGGGGUAACCAAGGAAGAUGAAGGCACGUAUCGUUGUAUAGCCAAUGGAAUCACGGGAACCGAUCAGAACGACAUACAACUCCAAGUUUUUGUGCAACCAGUACCUGUGAAUGGCCCAAUCAUAUUGGACACCGACUCUCGUGCUGUGGAGAUCGACCUAAACUACGAACCCUACAAUGGUGACGGUCCCAUCAGCAGCGUCGAGCUUCAGUACACACGGGCCGGUCGUAACGCGUGGACACCCUUGUCGGUUCCCCUCAAUCAGGGUUCAUCCGUCUUCGUUCGCGAUCUUGUUAGCAACCAGGACUACAAUGUCCGAGUGGUACUGAUACGGCAAGGGCCCGGUGGUCGAGGUGUCAGCGGUCCACCCACGUUACUGACGACCACUUGUUCGAGGCCGACGGCUGAGUUUUCGUUGCAACUGACUACGUCUGACGAAGACUGGUCAUCCAUUGAAGCGUCCUGGCGGCCUAUUAGAGAAAUCGUGGAUGAGUUGAGCGGUUUUCGGAUUGAAUAUAGGGCAUCUGGAGGUAGUGUCAAUACAGAAGAAAUCCAUGACCCGGGUACUCGGACUUUCCGACUAACCAGUUUAUCCGCCAAUACUUAUUACACGGUCAUAUUGACUCCUUUUAACUGUGGUGGCGACUCGAUUCGAUCAGCACAAAACAGUCUCUCUACGAGAGAAGGACCCCCUGGGCCGGUAAGGAACUUUCAGCUGGGAAGGGAAUCAUCGGAUCAGAUAAGAGCGAGUUGGAGCGCUCCUGAGGAAACCAGAGGCAUCAUACAGUUCUACUACGUCAGGAUAUUUGAGAAGGUGGAUGGAGUUGUGAGUGACACUCCCCUGUUUGGCGACCAAGAACGAGGUGAAAGGACAACCAACAAUGUCUUUCAGAUCUUUGACCUUAAGCCAUUCACAUCGUAUGUAGUCGAGGUAUCUGCAAAUACCAGGUACCGAUCGGAAGGAGAAAUUAGCAGAAAAGAGGUUACAACAAGAGAAGCAGCACCUAGUGAAGCCCCUUCCACCCCAUGGGUGAGUGGUCAGACCUUGGACACGAGGAUGUCUUUCGCCUGGCAGCCGCCUCCGGUCGAUCAGCGAAACGGUUUGAUCAUCGUCUACGAGUGCAGCGUCACGUAUGUGACGGAAAGCGGUGUCUACCAGAGCGACGUUGAAAACGUUACGGAUACGGAAGUGACGUUGCGUCACCUGAUUCCGAAUAUGAGGUACUCGUUCAAGGUUCGGGCCUACACCUCGGUAGGACCGGGUCCAUUCACAGCAGAGAUCAGCCACAAUACUCUCACAGUAGAAGAAGCAGCGAAAUUCAUCACCACACCACCGAACGCAAUCACUAUGAAGGGAAGUGAAGAACCAUCGAAUAAUGCAGGGGAAAAUACAGGAGCUUCAUAUAGUCCGAAUAAAGGUGGAAUAUCAAGCACCACAGUGCUUGCCCUCGGUCUUGUAUGCGUCUCAAUCAUCAUCGUCGUCGCUAUCGUCUUCGGUGGAUGGAUGUAUAAGAAGAGGAAGUCGGCGGGGAGUGUGGAGUUCGUCGCCAGUAUUGCCGGGUCGGAUUUAGGCGCUUACCGCUUCAACGAAAUGUUGGCUCGACAACAAAGUGUGACGCAGAGUAUCACGAAUGACUACGAUGAGAACGGUCGUGGUAUGAUGUUCGGCGCCAUGGCCUCGCCUCCUGGCUCACCUGUCCCUAUGGAUUACUGGAGGAUACCCCUCGAUUGUCUCACCUUAGAAAACUUCGUCAUUGCUGAAGGUAACUUCGGGCAAGUGAUGAAAGCGACGGUGAAGAAGGACGGAGGCGUCAUCGAAGCCGCCGUCAAGACGCUGAAAGAUGGUGCUUCCGAUGCUGAUCGAAAGGAUUUCAUGGGAGAGCUUGAGAUCAUGUCCAAAGUAGGAACUCAUUCGAAUAUUGUCAACCUGAUAGGAGCAUGUGAACACCAAGGUAUCCUCUACGUUGCAACGGAAUAUGCUCGCUAUGGAAACCUUCUAAAUUUCCUACGAUCCAGCCGAACGAUUGAAGCCGAUUCGCCGUUCCCUUCUAGUCCGACUAGUCGCUUCAAGGUCAAUGUGUCUACAAGUUUGACAUCGGAGCAGCUUCUUGGAUUCGCUGCUGACGUGGCCCUUGGCAUGCAGCAUCUGGCACAGAAAGGGUGUGUACAUCGUGAUUUAGCUGCCCGAAACAUCCUAGUCUGUGACAACUAUGUAUGCAAAGUAACAGACUUUGGUCUUUCAAGAAGUGACGAAGUUUAUGUAAAGACUACAGCUGGUCGCUUACCAGUGCGCUGGAUGGCAAUUGAAUCCCUGAACUACAGUGUCUACACAACCAAAAGCGACGUAUGGUCCUUUGGCGUUCUUCUUUGGGAGAUUUGUACUUUAGGUGGGACACCAUACCCUGGUAUGACAUGUGCAGAGCUAUAUGAGAGGUUACCGCUUGGUUAUCGCAUGGAAAAGCCCCUUAACUGCGAGGAUGAGGUGUAUAAUAUCAUGCGUCAUUGCUGGCGUGAUCGUCCCCAUGACCGACCAACAUUCGAUCAGCUAUACACAGUACUAUCUGGAUUAGUAAAGGCAAAACAGCCCUAUGUGAAUGUGGAAAAACUUGAGAGCGACCUUCAAUUCUCAGAGCUAAACUCCGACGAAGAUUUUAAACACGAUAGCUGGGCUAUGUGAAAGACUUCUUCGGCCAAACUAAUCAAUAAAUACAAUCUCUUUGGUCCCAUCACGGCGAAAACACCGGUCAAUUUUGCGGGUACAUGAAAAUUACCAUCAUGGCGUGUGGGGAGAAAUUUGCGUUCAAUUGUAAAUCACAUGAUCAGGCGUAAUUGAUUUUCAAUCAUCAUUGAACGCAAAUCAACUAUAAAAUUAAGCUAAAUUUAAGGACUUGCAUUUAAAUUUGGGACUUAUAAUAACCGAUUUGGAAUUGAAGUCAAGUUUCUUUCAACGUCCCAUUUGCAUAAUAUGUCUUCAUUGAUGCAUCCUUGACUACAGAGAAUUAUCGGGUUUAAUUAAUCAUUAUCAAGAUUAUGUAACCAUGGUAACCAAUCUCGAUAGACACCCUUUCCCUGUUUUUGACUGAGUGUCCGCUUCUCCGUCCAUCCACCGUAUGUGUGGUUAUAUCUUAGUUUCAUAAACAAUUAGCUCUAUUUUGUUAAUCUUUGGGAACUAUUUUGAUAUCAUAUAAAUCUUAAUAAUUUCCUAUAAAUAUAAGAACGGCUAUAUAUAUCAGCCAAGUGGCAUAUUGGAGACAAGCAAAUGUCGUAUUCAUUUCCGCUUUGCUUGUUUUAUCCGAGGUGUCAAUUUUAUUAAAUUAUCGUUAGAAUUUGUUAGGUCCUAUGAAAUCAAACCCAAGAUUUUUUUGUAUUUUGUCCAGAAUACUGUUUAGGCGAUAAUGGUAUGCGCUUUUAGGCAGAUUACUGAUUCUUUUUUUUUUAUAUAUCAUUCCGUAAUGCCCCUGAAACGUUUCUAUAUGUUUCUUAAAUCAAAAGGAGAACCACGUAGUUAAACCUUUCCAAAUAUGUUAGUGAUUUCAUUACGUUAUAGAGAAAUGUAUUGUGUCUAUGGAAAACCUAAGUAACUCAUGUUAAAAAGAAUGUAAUAUUUCCCUUUAAUAACGUGAUCUCAUAAAGAAGAUUUAACUGCCUAUUUUUUGCUUUGUUCGGCAUCGACGAGAAAUAAUUUACAAUCAGAAUUGUGUGAAUGUAUAGAUUGUUUUUACAAAAUGCCAAUAGUUAUUAAGAACAUAAUUUUGAAAACGAUUGUAAUACUAAAGGUGGUAGUAGUAAUAAUAAUUUUGUAAAUAAAGACCAUCCGGAAUUGAACUACAGUUAAUAUUACUACAUACUCUGGAAGGAUAGUAAUAAAUAUUGAUACUUAUUACAUAUGAGGAAUUAUUACUACAUACUCUGGAACGAUAAUAAUAAAUAUUGAUACUGAUUACAUAGGGAUUUCAAAUUUAAAUAUAUUUUUAUCGAUAUCAGUACUUUAACAACUAUUUGCUGCUUAUUGUUGUACUUUUUACAUGAACAGUCAUUAUACUGAAAGCCUGUGUGAUCUUAUAAAAUGGAAAAAAAAGUACUAUGGGUAAGAAAAUACUAUUGUUACAUUCUAGAACGUUACAGACUCCAGAAUGCCAGGGCUCCGUAACACAAAGAUUGGCGAUCAAUCGCUACAUGGACUGGCCAAUAAAGUUCAAUGUUUCACGCGCAUUUGGUUUAGGAUACUGACCAGGAACCAAUCAGUGAGGUUCUUUCAUAUUUGCAAUUCAUCGCAAACCUUUGUGUUAUGGAACCCAGAACGCCAGGGCUCUUAACACAUAGAUUAGCGAUCGAUCGCUACAUGGACUGGCUAACAUAAAGAUACGACCAGGGACCAAUCAGUGAGGUUCUUUCAUAUUUACAAUUCAUCGCAAACCUUUGUGUUACGGAGCCCAUAGUCAAACGACCUAGAUGAGGUUGGUGUGGAGCUUUGUUUCGUGUAUGUUGCGUGCGAUAUCAGGUACUAAUGCCUUUUCAAAAUGCAGAUCGUUAUGCUCAAUGGACUGCGAUGUUCCUUUUCGUGAUUCAAAAGUGUAAGCUGACAUUUAUUGGAAUGAAUUGGACUCCGCUAUCUAUUCCCGUAUGAAGCGAUACACCUUUGACAUUAAAAAUUGUCACUUUUACAUUUCUUAAAGUCGGUCCUCUUAAAUUCUUUUUUUUUUGCUGUACUUAUUUCGACAGUGUGGUCAGCUCGUGAAGUAAAUAUACCGGAAAAUACAGCUUGUUAAUUGCAUUUUGCACUCUUUUCCCAAUUGUUGUUUCUGAAUAAAAUGAUUAACAUAUAUAACCCUUUUUUAGAACCCCAAAUAUGUCAAAACUGAAAAUGUAAGUCAAAAAGGUUUUUAACAAUAGCAGUAUUGCGGAGGCGCCGAUAAGUAUUAUUUCCUUUAUUUGAUAUGUGGAGAGUAAUGUGAAUUUUGAUUACAACUUUGUAAACAUAAUUAUUACAGACUACUAAAAGUGAAGGUUUUGUGAUAUGAACUUACGAGUGCAUUUUUUAUAUAUAAACAAAAAUGCGUGUACUUUGAUAUUUUUGUUAGUCUUCUCAUUUCACUAUGAUUUCAAUGGAAUUGUAAAUAUAUUGUCAUUGUAUUAUAGAAGAUGUUUAUAACUAAGUGCGCUAAGACAUUACCAUAUUCUUGUCGGUAUGUUCUCUUGUCAGCAGCUACAAAGUUUCACUUUAUACUCUGUAAAUAUCACGCUUUCUGUUAUUGUAUGUAUACGAGCGGCUGAAAUUGCAAUAUUUUGUACGCAUUUGUUCAUCAUGUUUAUCAUGUUAAUAGUGAGCUGUUGAUGUUCGUCCAACAUUUCCUUAAUGCAUGAUGAAUCUAUGUCCGUAUUGGUAUAAAAAAUGUUAAUGACUUUUGCAAUUUUAAGCAGAACUGCCAAAUCAUGGUGUGAUUACGUCACAGUUGUUAACGUUUUCUUGCCAAUCCAAUCAGUAUUAAGAUCUGUGGCCUACCGUUGAGGAACAUUUUAGGGAGUUUUCGUUUAAUACGAGGCUGUCACAUCUGCAUGAUUUAAUCAGUAUGUAAGGACGACAAAUCCUUUCAUUAUAUCAUCCUAUUUCUUGAUACAUCAAUAAUUACGAUUCAUUAACAUAAAAUGAUUUCGUUAUAAUCGAGAAAUUCAAUUCUUGUUAUCAGUAUUUCGAUUUCUUUAUAUCGGGAAACAGAUUCACUCUAUAUAUCGAGAAUUAGGAUGAAAGUAAUAAGAGGACUCUGGCUAAACCUUUCUACAUGUCGAGUGACAGCCCGUUUACAGGAUGGUAGUUUGGGGAUCGGUCAGUCAUCAUGGAGAAUACAUGCAAGCCAUUCUUCUGCGUAUGUGUGAACAUUACCGCACUCCAUCUUGUUCUUUUCCAUGACUUAAAUGUUUAAACCAAAAUAAUGCGCAUUCUGAGAUCAAGAUGGAACGGUUCUCCAGAGAAGAUCGAAGCCGGGAUAUUGGGAAGUGUUUUAGUUGACAUUCGGGCAAGUACACAUUAUUCCUCCCGACAGGUCUAUACAGUAAUCUAAGCUUCCAUCCUGAAACGAAUUCUCCCUAAUCUUUGUAUGUACAGUCUGCACUAUAUUCCAUGUUGUAUUUCUGUCUGCAUUAAAUCUCUUUUGUAAAUAAAAUAAUUUGAAAACAAAAAGAAUGUCU